AGUCUUUCUUCCGUAGCGGUGAUAUAACAUAUCUGAUUGUAUGGGGUCCCCUACGGAAAUUCCGGCUAACUUUCAUGCAAGAAACUUGAGUCUGACAUAACACCUGCAGCGAGCAGAGGCAGAGGUUCAUUUCAUUACAGCACCCCCGUUGCAUUCUGGGAGAGUGGAUAGAGACUGAGCAGUGGAUUUUUUUUAGUCGUACGGCAAUUUCUGGCACCCGAAAUCUCAUGUCGAAAUAGCUCGUCUUCCGCUAUCGGUAGUAAUGGCGCUGACACGGUUCGAACGGUUCCUGGCCUCGAUACUGCGGGUAGCGGUCGGGAUGCUGUUUGCCGUCUUCCAGCUGCUCGCUCAGCGGCGGGGAGCCGACAGUUCGGUGAGGAGGCUCCCACCAAUCACCAACCCACUGUUGAGGGUCCCCGCGAUGCGGCUCGCCCGUAUGAUUCGACGGAGAGAGGUAACCAGUGUGGAGGUGGUACAGACCUACAUAGACCGCAUCCAAGAGAUUAACCCUUUCAUCAAUGCCAUGGUCAAGGACAGGUUUUCAUUGGCCCUGCAGGAGGCAGCCCAGGUGGAUAAGCUGAUCGAGGAGGAGACAGGAGGAGAGGAUGUUCUGGAGGACAGGCUUCCUCUACUGGGUGUCCCUUUCACUGUCAAAGAGGCCUUCUCCCUCCAGGGCAUGCCUAACUCCACAGGGCUGGUGUCACGGCGGGGGGUGAUUUCGGCCACGGAUGCUCCCCCGGUGGCUCUGCUGAAGAGGGCAGGGGCCAUUCCUCUGGGGGUGACUAACUGUAGUGAGCUCUGCAUGUGGCUUGAGUCCCAUAACCACCUGUAUGGAAUCACCAACAACCCAUACGACCUGGAGAGGAUACCAGGGGGAAGCUCCGGAGGGGAGGGCAGUAUUUUGGGCGGCGGUGGUUCCGUGAUAGGGGUUGGCUCAGAUGUUGGGGGCAGUAUUCGCAUCCCAGCAUUCUUCAACGGCAUCUUCGGCCACAAGCCAACAUCAGGUGUAGUAUCUAACGUGGGUCAGUUCCCCCCGGCCUCGGGGCAGCAGCCUGGUUUUCUGUGUACAGGCCCAAUGUGUCGCUACGCCCAGGACCUGCUGCCCAUGCUCAGAGUUAUGGGAGGAGCCAACGCUGACAGAGUUUCUCUGGUGUCUCCUGUCGACCAGGAGCUAAGGAGGGUAAGAGAGAGGGGAGGAGGAGUUCCUCUGGUGUCUCCUAUAGACCAGCAGCUAGUCCUGGCUCAGAGGAGGGUGGUAGAGCGUCUGGAGGCAGACCUGGGGGUCAAAGUUCAGCAGCUGAAGAUUCCUCAGCUCAAAUACUCCUUCCAGAUCUGGAGUGCGAUGAUGGGAGCCCCGGGGAAGGAUGGAAAGCAGCCCACAUCGUUUGCAGAGCUGAUGUCUGACCAUGGGAAGAAGGUGUGGCCUUUAUGGGAGAUGGCUAAGUGGACUGUGGGACUCUCCAAGCACACCGUGGCUGCUAUAGGUCUGGUCCUGGUAGAGAUGUUCCAGAGGUCCCAGCCCACCCAGUUCAUCCUGCAGCAGAAGGAGUCUCUCCAGAAGGACCUGGAGGAACUGUUGGGGACAGACGGGGUGCUGCUCUACCCCUCUCACCCGCACCUCGCCCCCAAACACCACCACCCCCUCUUCACCCCCUUCAACUUCUCCUACACUGGAAUCUUUAACAUCCUGGGCCUUCCGGUGACCCAGUGUCCAUUGGGGCUGAGCGCGGAGGGUUUACCCUUGGGACUGCAGCUGGUAGUGGGGAAGCAGCAGGACCGUCUCUCCCUGGCCACCGCUGUGUUCCUGGAGAAGACCUUCGGCGGUUGGAGAGACCCGGGGAGCAUCGCCACGGCCACCACCCAGCUAGAUACCUGGCGCGGGGCGUCAAAGACCGCAUGGUGAAUAUACAGAGAUGUUUAUUCUGGGAUGAAUGAAAGUCCUAGAAGACAGAGGAAUGUAUGCACUGACACAGACAGGCAGACACACUCACACUGUCUGUUUGCACAUGCCGUCCUGUCAGUCGUCCAGCCUUCUCAUGCAUUCUUUAACAACAGACUGUCGCCAGGUUACUGAGUCACUCGUCCACUACAGUAUGUCUGUUGUGUCUUCGUCACAAAGUGCCCUAUGCUUGUCCAAAGAGCCUUUAUGUGUCCUGUCAUUGUGUGUUCCUGGCUUGUGUCCCAAAUGACUCCCUAUAUAGUACACAACAUUUAACCAGAGCCCUAAUCCCUACACAGUGCCCUAUAUUUGACCAGAGCCCUAUUCCCUUCAUAGUGCCCUACAUUUGACCAGAGCCCUAUUCCCUACAUAGUGCCCUACAUUUGACCAGAGCCCUAUUCCCUACAUAGUGAACUACUUUUGACCAGAGCCCUAUUCCCUUCAUAGUGCACUACUUACAUAUUGCACUACUAUGGGUCCCGGUCAAAAGUAGCGCACUAUAUCGGGAAUAGGGUGCCAUUUGGGAUGCAGGUGGUGACUGUCCGACAGCUAUAUGUUGCGUCAGGGUUUUGCUGUGUAAUGUCCAAUAAGGUUUUCUCUCUGUACACUGUAUUUGUCCACCUACGACAUGUUGGAACCUUAUUGGAGAGAGACUGUAUUAUGAGAAUGACAUGUGUUAUGGUGUAGUCCAUGUUGAAAUGACGGGCAUUGAUGGGUGAGGUGAUAUACCACGUCUCUUCAAUGACUGGCGCUUUUUCAACAAGUUCAAAGGUUAACGUGAUCUACUGUAUAAAGACAUGUGCACAUUAUGAUCAUUUGAAAGGAUAUCUUUGAUAAUGUUUCAUAUUAAAUGUCAAUGGUUACUGUCCUACUACAAUUAUGCCAGAACAAAUAUUAUAAUAAAAUGUACAUUAUACUGAGGACAACAUUG